AUGCGGUUUGCAUAUGAAAGGUACGUUAGAAGGAGACCUGGUGAGCCUCCACUGAUAAAAGGCUGGCUUCCUUACCUUGGAGAGGCCCUGAAAUUACAAAAGGAUCCUUUAGGUUUCAUGAAAACUCUUCAAAAGCAACAUGGUGACACUUUCACUGUUCUCCUUGGAGGAAAGUAUAUAACGUUUAUCCUGGACCCUUUUCAGUACCAGUUCGUAAUGAAAAGUCCCAAAUUAAGCUUUCAAAUAUUCACUAAUAAACUAUUAAGGAAAGUAUUUUCCAUUGAAAAGUUGGCAACCAAUGAUGACCUGAACAAUGACCUUCAUGGCUGCUAUCAUCUUUUACAAGGGACGUCUUUGGAUAUACUUACAGAAAACAUGAUGCAGAAUUUAAAACAAGUGUUUGAACUCCAGCUAUUAAAAACCACAAAUUGGGACACGGCAUACCUGUUGACAUUCUGCAGCUCAGUAAUAUUUGAGGUCACGUUCACAACCAUAUAUGGACAAUCUCUUGCUGGCAAUAGGAAAAAAUUUAUUACUGAGCUAAGAGAUGAUUUCUUAAAAUUUGAUGACAAAUUCCCAUAUUUAAUAUCAGACAUACCCAUAGAGCUUCUAGGAAAUGUCAAAUCUAUUAGAAAGAAACUUAUACAACGCUUGACAUCAGAACACUUAGCUAGUACACAGGGAUGGUCAGAAGUUGUUCAAAUGAGGCAAGAUAUCCUGGAGAAAUACUAUACGCUUGAGGACUUUGAAAUAGGAGCACAUCAUUUAGGCUUUCUCUGGGCUUCUGUGACAAACACUAUUCCAACUAUGUUCUGGGCGAUGUAUUACCUCCUACAGCACCCAGAAGCUAUGGCAGUGCUGCGUGACGAAAUUGACCAUUUGCUGCAGUCAACAGGUCAAAAGAAAGGGUCCGGAUUUCCCAUCCAGCUCACCAGAGAACAAUUGGACAGCCUGGUCUACCUAGAAAGCACCGUUCUCGAGGUUUUACGACUAUGCUCAUUUUCAAGCAUCAUUCGUUUUGUUCAAGAGGAUUUGACUCUACAGUCAGAGACGCAGGACUACUGUUUGCGAAAGGGGGACUUGGUAGCCAUCUUUCCUCCAGCCAUACAUUAUGACCCGGAAAUCUUUGAAGCUCCAGAGGAGUUUAGGUUUGAUCGUUUUGUAGAAGAUGGUAAGAAGAAAACCGCCUUUUUCAAAAACGGGAAAAAGCUGAAGUAUUACCUAUUGCCAUUUGGAUUUGGAGCCAGCAAAUGUCCAGGCCGAUUUUUGGCAAUUGUUGAAGUAAAGCAAUUGUUGGUUAUACUUUUAACUUAUUUUGAUUUAGAAAUAAUUGAUGCUAAACCUAUGGAAGCAAACUACAGUCGCCUUUUGUUUGGUAUUCAGCAUCCAGCUUCUGAUGUUUUAUUUAGGUACAAAGUAAGAUCUUAAAAGAAG